AUGUCAAGCUCAACACCCAUCAAUGUCAAAGUUGUGGCGGCUGAAUCACUUUAUAAAAGAGAUGUAUUCAGGCAACCUGAUCCUUUUGCUGUUAUAACAGUUGAUGGUUCCCAAACUAAAACUACUAAAACUGCUAAAAAGACAUUGAAUCCUUAUUGGAAUGAAAGUUUCAAUUUCGAUUCUUUAGAAGAUUCCAUCUUAGUCAUUCAAGUAUUUGAUCAAAAGAAAUUUAAGAAGAAAGAUCAAGGUUUCUUAGGAGUUGUUAAUAUCAGAAUUGGUGAUGUUAUUGAUUUAUCAUUACCAACAUCUGAAGAAACUAUUACUAGAGAUUUAAAGAAAUCUAAUGAGAACUUAGCAGUUAGUGGGAAAAUAAUAGUCGUUAUUAGUCAUAAUUCAUCAGCACCAACAAAUUCCAGAACCAAUAAUUCAUUAGCUCCUCCUCCAUCAUCCACCUUAACCAAUUCGAAUUCAUCAGCAAGUCUUAAUAAUUCAACUAAUGGAACUAACGGCGAUUCAAACAGACAAUAUUCAUCAUUUGAAGAUCAAUAUGGUAGAUUACCACCAGGUUGGGAAAGAAGAACUGACAAUUUUGGACGUACUUAUUAUGUUGAUCAUAAUUCUAGAACAACCACAUGGCAAAGACCUAAUUUGAAUCAAUCUGAAUCAGAAAGAGGUCAACAAAGAGAAGAUACUACUGAAGCUGAAAGAAGACAACACAGAGAUAGAACAUUACCAGGAGAAUUCCCUGCAUCAUCACCUGAUAUGUCCAAUAAUUCUGUUACCAAUGGGAAUAUUACUGUUAAUUCAACAGGGGCAAACACUCCCGUUUCUCCAGCAGCAGCAGUUUCUAUGGCUUCAAGUGGUGCUACCACUAGUGGAUUGGGAGAAUUACCAAGUGGUUGGGAACAAAGAUUUACUAAUGAAGGUAGACCAUAUUUUGUUGAUCAUAAUACUAGAACAACUACUUGGGUUGAUCCAAGAAGACAACAAUAUAUUAGAACUUUCGGUCCAAAUACUACCAUUCAACAACAACCUGUUAGUCAAUUAGGUCCAUUACCAAGUGGUUGGGAAAUGAGAUUAACUAAUACUGCUAGAGUUUAUUUUGUUGAUCAUAAUACCAAAACUACUACUUGGGAUGAUCCAAGAUUACCAUCAUCAUUAGAUCAAAAUGUUCCUCAAUAUAAGAGAGAUUUCAGAAGAAAAGUUAUUUAUUUCCGUUCUCAACCUGCAUUGAGAAUUUUACCUGGUCAAUGUCAUAUUAAAGUAAGAAGAGAUCAUAUCUUUGAAGAUAGUUAUCAAGAAAUUAUGAGACAAACUCCUGAAGAUUUGAAAAAGAGAUUAAUGAUUAAAUUCGAUGGUGAAGAAGGUUUAGAUUAUGGUGGAGUUUCCAGAGAAUUUUUCUUCUUAUUGUCACAUGACAUGUUCAAUCCAUUUUAUUGUUUAUUCGAAUAUUCAUCUCAUGAUAAUUAUACUUUACAAAUCAAUCCAAAUUCAGAAAUUAAUCCUGAACAUUUGAAUUAUUUCAAAUUUAUUGGUAGAGUUGUUGGAUUAGGUGUUUUCCACAGAAGAUUCUUGGAUGCUUUCUUUGUUGGUGCAUUAUAUAAAAUGAUGUUACACAAAAAAGUGGUAUUACAAGAUAUGGAAGGGGUUGAUGCUGAAUUUUACAGAUCAUUAAAAUGGAUUUUAGAUAAUGAUAUUACUGAUGUUUUAGAUUUAACAUUUAGUGCAGAAGAUGAUAAAUUCGGUGAAAUCGUUGAAAUUGACUUAAAAGAAAAUGGUAAGAAUAUUGAAGUCACUGAAGAAAAUAAACAUGAGUAUGUUGAGUUAAUUAGUGAAUGGAGAAUUAGUAAAAGAGUUGAAGAACAAUUUAAAGCAUUUAUUACUGGUUUCAAUGAAUUAAUACCUCAAGAGUUAGUUAAUGUAUUUGAUGAAAGAGAAUUAGAAUUAUUAAUUGGUGGUUUAGCAGAAAUUGAUGUUGAAGAUUGGAAGAAACAUACUGACUAUAGAGGAUAUUCAGAAACUGAUCAAGUUAUUCAAUGGUUCUGGAAAUGUAUUAAAGAAUGGGAUUCCGAACAAAAGGCAAGAUUAUUACAAUUUACCACUGGUACUUCAAGAAUUCCUGUUAAUGGUUUCAAAGAUUUACAAGGUUCUGAUGGUCCAAGAAGAUUUACUAUUGAAAAAGCUGGAGAAUCAAAUCAAUUACCAAAAUCUCAUACUUGUUUUAAUAGAGUUGAUUUACCUCCUUAUAAUGAUUACGAAAGUUUAAAACAAAAAUUAACCUUGGCUGUUGAGGAAACAGUUGGUUUUGGUCAAGAAUAG